UGACUCUUCUCUUUCAAGUGGAAGCCUUUAAAACACCAGAGCUGCUGGCUUUGCUCAAGUUAAACUAACAUCAUGGUGUCAGAGAGAGAAGCGCUUGUGGCUGCUGCUGUCGUUGUUUUUGCCCUCAUUUCACAGAGUGAGGGCAUAAUUGGUGGCAGAGAGGCAGUUCCACACUCUCGGCCCUACAUGGCCUCCAUCCAGAAACCAGAAGGGGAGACAUGGAUUCAUGAGUGUGGAGGGUUUGUGAUUGCUGAUCAGUGGGUGAUGACUGCAGUUCACUGUAUGCCAACAGGAUCAGAUGGGAGGAGAGUAGUGUUGGGUCUCCAUUCUCUGAGUGAAGCUGAGGAAACGAAGCAAGCCUUUCACAUUUUGGAACUUCACAAUCAUGCAGAUUUUAACCCGUCAAAUUACGACAACGACAUUGCUUUAAUUAAAUUGGAUCGUCCAUUUAACAGCUCUGAAGCUAUCCGUGCUGUGGAAUACCUGCGAGUGGGCGGCAUAAACCCCAGCACCGAUGAAGAGGUCGAAACAGCCGGUUGGGGAUCUUACAACAACCUGGGGUCCAGACCUGACAAGCUCAAAGAGGUGGUCAUAGAGGUGGUCAGCUCAAAUCGAUGCAGACGCAGUGAUUACUUUGGAAGGAAGUUCACCACUAACAUGAUAUGUGCACACAAAGUAUGCGACGGCGAUUGUGAUGUGAGGAAUGAAGACAGUUGUGAUGGUGACUCCGGGGGUCCUCUGAUUUACAAAGGCGUUGCAGUGGGCAUCACCUCCAAUGGAGGGAAGAAGUGUGGCCAACUUAAAAAGCCUGGGGUUUAUACCAUUAUCUCACACUACACUCCGUGGAUUGUUGGUAUCGUAGGCGUGCCGGACGCUGCAGAAAACCAGAGCACCUAAAUACAGGAGGAUGGAAGCUGUAGUAUCCAAGCAUUAAGCUUUCAAAACAGCCCUGCCAAAUAGCUGCAGCUGAGUCACUCAUACUUCAAGGAUACAGGACUUUAUAUGUUGGAGAUCUUACAGUUAUGCUAUGAUGGGACAACACAUUUAUAGCUAGUGUUUGGCUUUGGAGACAUGGGCUUCUUGUAUAAUUCAUUCACUUUAUAAAACAAUCAAUAAAAAAAAGUCAUUGUCACA